AUGAGAAGUAAGACAAAAGAAACUGAAAGAAAUCCUGGAAGUAGUAAAAAAGAAAUCAAGAAAGAAGGAGAAAGGAGGGAAGAAUAUAGUAAGAAAGAAGCCAUGACGGCGGAAAUAAAGAAAAAAGGAGUGGAAAGCAGUAAAGAAAGGAAUAAGGUAACAGGAACAGAGAAAAAAGAAAAGAAAAACAAGGUCAAGAACAGGAAACAACAAAGAGGAGAAAGAAAAACAAAAUGA